AUGACGGUCUCCAGCGGCGCCAACAAAGCCUUCCUGUGGUUCAUGAACAUCACGGCCUUCAGCAGUUUCCUGACAUGGAUGACGAUUGCCCUGUCAUACAUCCGCUUCCGCGCAGCCAUUAAUGCCCAGGGCAUUGGUGUCAAAGCCCUCCCAUUCCGGACCCCCUUCCAGCCCUACGCCGCAUACUUCAGUCUCGUGUACUUCAGCUUUGUAGCCCUGGGGAAUGGGUUCGCCGUCUUCACGUCUGGAAACUGGUCGACUUCAGACUUCAUCGCAGCGUAUGUUGGCUUGCCUAUCUAUAUCUGCCUCUUCGCCUUCUGGAAAAUCUUCAAGAAAACCAAGCUGGUCCGAGCAAGCUCUGCCGAUCUUUCAUUUCCUGGACAGACCACUUUUCACGAUGGAUUGAACCUGGAAAAUGUCGGAACUGAGUUCCUGAAACCGACUUGA